AUGGCGGAUGGACUCAUUCGGGUCUUCCUCAAUGCUACGCUCUACAGUAGCAAUAGCUUCUUCUCGCUGGAUAAGAGCUCUACCAAACGACAAGUUAUCGCCGGCGACAAAGCGCCCAAAAUAGUUAGUCACCUGGAAUCGAGAUUUGUUAAGGAUGGCGAUGCAGUUACUCUGGCCUGUCGCAUUAUUGGAGCUGAACAUUUCGAUGUAGUAUGGUUGCACAACAACAAAGAGAUAAAGCCAAGCAAGGACUUCCAAUACACCAACGAGGCCAAUAUAUAUCGAUUGCAAAUCGCCGAGAUUUUCCCCGAAGAUGGCGGCACCUACACUUGCGAAGCCUUCAAUGAUGUAGGCGAAUCGUUCAGUACUUGCACAAUUAAUGUAACAGUGCCUGGAGAUGAGCCCAAGCACCCGGCCUUUGUAAAAUUCCCCACAUCAGUUUCGGUAGUGGAAGGCGAGAGUACUAUAUUGGAAUGCGAAGUAGAUUCUGAGCUCCUUAAUUUGGUUUGGGUAAAGGAUGGCAAGCCCAUUGACGAAACUCUUUCACGAUACUCAUUUACCAAGGACGGCAGCCGAUACGCUUUUACAGUUUCAAAAUGUAACUUGGACGAUGUGGGCCAGUACCAGGCUAAGGCGGUAUCCAGAAAGGGCGAAAGUAUAUGCGCAUUCUCAAUAAACGUCCACAACUCCGAUUGAUAAGCCAAAUUAGGAAGAUAAUUCAACGUAUCGAACCAACUAUUAAAAGCCUGCAUAUUUAUUAUAUACAUAUGUUAAGAGUAUGCUAAAAUUAGACUGCUCAUAAAAAGUCGAUUUCAUCAUUCAAACAUCUAUACACACACAUAAGCGUUUAUGUAUAUAAAUAUAUGUAAAGUUUAUGCAUUUCAACCAUAUCGACCAUAAUCCUGGAAUAUCAGAUUCACGUGCACUCCCAUAACAUGUAGAAAUACUAUUAAUCGAAAAUAAUAUCUAAGCUAACUUCAAUAUAAUUGACUACCCUCACAUUUUUAUAAAUGGCAAUAAACUCACAGAUUCGGAUAGAAAAUUAAGAGGCCUCCGCUGCUUGAGUGACUGCUGGCAUCCUCAAAAAACAUCUUAAACUCAAUGGCCACUCAAGUAAUUGAAAAUUCUAAUUCUCUAAAAGACUUCUGUAUAACUUACAAAAUAUAAAGACAAAUGUGAACUAUGCGGGCAGCAAUUGACAGAAAAAUAAAUGUAAUAUUUUAUAAAUAAAAAUUAUAAUCAAAUUGUUGGCCAAA